UCACUUCUCAUGGGUCAGAGAGAGAGAGAGAGAGAGAGAAAGGUGGUCAGACGGCAGUUGGCUCAAACAAGGCGUCCAGCUUGAUUUCAUUCAUUCUAAUCUCUGGAGGUAAAGAAAAUGAAAUAUCUCAAGGAAGUGAUCAUCUUGUUGUUAUGCCCAUGCCUGAUUCUUCUGUGCAGGAGAGCAGCAGGUGAUCAAAUAUCCGGCAGGGGAACCAUCAAUCUUGCACACAGACAACAAAAAUGGACACCUGCGAUGCAAACAUGUGCAAACCUCUCUGACAUCAGGAGCAUCAGAUCUUUCUUUGAGUUUCGAACCCUUGACCCGGAGGGAGCUGUCUUUUAUGGAGACACUAAAGAAGGUCAAGAUUGGUUUGUGCUUUCACUGCGUGAUGGCAUCCCUGAAAUGCAGAUUGGGAAAGCAGACAUCUUAGUGAGUGUAAAGGGAGGUCGCAAACUCAAUGAUGGAGCCUGGCAUUUGUUGGAAUUGCGCAGUGAAGGUAAAUUUGUGGUACUGGAGGUAAACAACGAGGUAGAACUUGUAGUGGGACUUCAUUCGAAACUGGCAGAAGAACAACUAACAGGGAAGAUACGUCUGGCUCUCGGUGGCAUGUUGGUGGACAAACAAAAACUCUUCCAUCCUUUUGAGCCAGAAAUGGAUGCGUGUAUCAGAGGAGGGCAUUGGCUGAAUCUCAGCACCCCCUGGGAUACAGACUCAACAUGGGAACCUCGGCCAUGCUCUUCAGAAAUCAAGAAAGGGAGCUAUUUUCCAGGAACUGGAGUGGCUGUGUUUAAUACAUCUGAUCUUCCUGCUCUUAAGACUGAAGAGGCCGGAAUCACAGUAGAGAUCUUUGGAUCUUGGAUUGGGACAACACUAAGUCUCCAAAGCACAGGAUUUUUGUAUGUUUUAGAAGGGGAUAAAGAUGAUAAGUUGGGCCUGAAAGAUGGAUCAACCGAAUUUCCCAGUGAACCUGCAACACUUACUUUCACUAUACUGAAAAAUUCACUUGUGGUAAACAGCAAACCAAAGGUUAAAUCGGAAACUCUGGACUUUCUCUCCAUGUGGAAAAAUGGGAUGCUCCUGACAUUUGGGGGAGUGCCAGGUGACAGCGAGGUGGCAAAAAGUAAUCCAUACCUGCGUGGGUGUCUGGAGAAAAUCGUUGUCCAGGGUCAGGUCAUUGAUCUUGAUCGGGCAGCGUACAAACACACAGCGGUGUCGUCCCACAGCUGUCCUACAGAAGCAAUGAAUGAACUCACUUUGUAGAGAUUUAACACAAUCAUCCCGACAGGCUCAACUCUUGAUCAAAUCAGGAAGGGCUAUUUAAAACUGCUAAAUUUUUAGUCAGUCAUUAUAACCUCCAAAAUGUAUUAAUAAACAAUAUAAAAAUUAUUAAAUGUCAAUUAUGUUACACUGAGCAUUAAAAUAUGUUUAAAAACGACAGAACAUUAAACACUGUAAUGAAAAUUCUUCUGAAAUGUGUUUGCAAACACAUAUAAAAGCAAAUGUUUUUUUUAAUGACCAUAUUUCAGAGAACAAAAUAAAUCAGCUGCAAUCAAAUGUGCAGGUUACGUGCAUAAA